GCCUGGACCAAUUGAAUUAUAAAAUAUUUUUUGGGCUGAACCAAUUGAAAUGAAUCUGAACCCCAACAACACCACCAAACUUAAAACCCACACCACACUCUCACACGGCUCACUCUAACUAAUAUAAACCCCCCCUCCCACCCCAACCUUUUUCUAACUCUUUUAGUCCUCUCUCUCCCUCCCAUGCAUACUUUUUCUACCCUCUUCACUGCCAAACUAUUUAUUGAUUUGUGUCCACUAAAUUAGACACUCAUUUUCCCCACAAACUUUGGUCUCACUACAAUCUCUCUCUCUCUCUCUCUGAGAUAUUCAUACACAUAUUCAUACAUAUUCUAUGGAAGAGCUAAUAAUCUCUCCCUCUUCAUCCUCUUCUUUAGUAUCUUUACCACAAGAAACCUCACCAUCCCUGCAACAAAGGCUUCAGUUUAUUGUCCAGUCUCAGCCGGACUGGUGGUCAUACGCGAUUUUUUGGCAACCCUCGAACGACCACCAGGACAAUGGCCGUCUCUUUCUGACAUGGGGAGACGGCCAUUUCCAAGGCUCCAAAGACCCCUCCGCCAAGCACCACAACAACCCCUAUGGGAUUCUUUCAGAAAGAAGGAAAAUCCUCAAGGGCAUUCAAUCUCUCAUCAACGACAACAACCCAGAUCAUCAUCAAGACAGCAUCAUGGAUCACAUGGGCUUGGACGCCGACGUCUCCGACGGCGAGUGGUUCUACGUCAUGUCGUUGGCUCGAUCUUUCUCCAUUGGCGAGACCACCAUUAGCGCUAGUGUUCCCGGCAAGGCCUUCAGCUCCGGCUCUGUGGUGUGGCUCACUGGCUCCCAUGAGCUCCAAUUCUACAACUGCGACAGAGCCAAAGAGGCCCAAAUGCAUGGCUUUCAAACCCUGGUCUGCAUCCCAACCCCCACCGGCGUUCUCGAAAUGGGUUCUUCAGAUUCGAUCAGAGAAAACUGGAGCCUGGUCCAGCAGGCCAAGUCGUUAUUCGGGUCGGACCUCAUUUGCUCGGUAGCAGACCAACCCGACCCGGAAACCAGAUCCCCCAUCGACUUCAUAAACCGAAACUUCUCUUUCGCCGAUAUCGGAAUCAUCGCCGGAGUAGAAGAAGAGGAAGACGACAAGAAGGAAGUGGCGCUGGACUUGACGAUGAUGAAGAGGAAGGGUGGAAACCCGGGAACGGGUCUGUACCCGGAUUCAAACGCGAACCCGAAGCCAGACUACUCGGACUCCGACGGCCCGAAAAGGACACCUAAAAAGCGGGGCCGAAAACCGGGUCUGGGCCGCGACACGCCGUUGAACCACGUGGAGGCGGAGCGGCAGCGGCGGGAGAAACUGAACCACAGGUUCUACGCUCUGCGGGCGGUGGUCCCCAACGUGUCAAGAAUGGACAAGGCGUCGCUGCUAUCCGACGCCGUUUCUUAUAUCAACGAGCUGAAGACGAAGGUGGACGAAUUGGAGUCGCAGGUACAGAGAGAGUCAAAGAAAGUCAAGGUCGAAACAGGAGAUAAUCUGGACAUCCAGAGCACCACCACGUCCGUGGAGCAGAUCGCGAAGCCCCCCAGUUCGUCUGCGAAUGGGUCUGGGCUCGAAGUGGAGGUGAAGAUUGUGGGCACGGACGCCAUGAUUAGGGUUCAAUCGGAGAAUGUGAACUACCCAUCCGCCAGAUUAAUGGCGGCGCUGCGGGACUUGGAGUUGCAGAUCCACCAUGCGAGCUUGUCUUGCAUCAACGAGCUCAUGCUUCAAGAUAUUGUGCUGAAGGUUCCAGAAAACAUGAGAAGCGAAGACAGCCUCAAAUCUGCUCUUCUUAGAAUAUUAGAUCAGAACUAAAAAGCACGACCGACGGAUGGUUCAAGGCAAUGUGUGUGUCCGCUUGCAUCGAGUUCAAUCUCUCUUCCAGUACAUUAAAGUAAUCUAAAAACAUGUUCGAUCGUUGAAUCGGUGGGGACUUUAGGAGCAAGAUAGUCCAACCGUAGUUGGGUGAAUCAAAUGAAUCCAGGGAUGACAGAUAUUUUACGCACGUUCCUAAAUGGACUCACAAGUGGGGGUGUCUAAUAAACGAAGGUGAAGAAAAACUCAAAGGGAACAUCGUCACUGUCGGAAAGAACAGUUGCUUACGCGCGCAGAAUUUCUUUCAACUGUUGUGCAUCAUAAACCUCCUUACAUCGCAUCAACAGUACCGCUAGUCGUAAACGCGCGAUCGGACGACUGUUGUUAGCAGUUCUCAGAAUUGAUAAAAGGACAAAAAAUUUCUGGUUUUCGCAGGGUGUGACUAAUUUUGAUUUGUUGGCCUGAAGUGUACCACUCGUGUUCUUUCUUUUGUGGACGAAAUGAAAUGGAAUAUCAACUGCGGACGUGUUUUUGGG